AUGGGCUCUUUAGCUGCCAAGUUCCUCCUGCCCACCUUCAGCAGCCUUGCCUUCCUCCCCACCAUCAGCAUUGCAGCCAAGAGGCAGUUUCACAUGGAGGCCAUGGUCUACUUCUUCACCAUGUUCUUCAUCUUGGUCUGCCAUGCCUGUGAAGGCCCCGGGCUCACCUUCCUUUGUUUCAUGAAGUAUGAUCUGCUGCAAUACUUUAGCAUUUUUGGAACCACAUUAUCCAUGUGGGUCUCGCUGAUAGCUUUGGCAGAGUUUGAUGAACCCAAACGAUCAACUUUGGUGAUGUUUGGAGUGCUUACUAUAGCUGUCAGGAUCUACCAUGACCGAUGGGGAUAUGGUGUCUAUUCUGGACCGAUUGGCACAGCAGUUCUUGUGAUAACAGUCAAAUGGCUGCAAAAGAUGAAGGAGAAGAAAGGGCUGUAUCCAGAUAAGAGCGUCUACACACAGCAGGUUGGGCCCGGCUUCUGUUUUGGGGCCCUGGCUUUGAUGCUGAGGUUUUUUUUUGAGGACUGGGAUUACACCUACGUGCAUAGCUUCUACCACUGUGCUCUGGCCAUGUCUUUUGUCCUCCUCCUCCCCAAAGUGAACAAGAAAGCAGGCAAUGGGGGAUCCCCUGCAAAAUUGGAUUGCUCAACUCUCUGCUGUUGCGUAUGA